CUAAUCCAGCUAGUGUAUUUAUGUCCAGUUGUUAUACUGAAAGUCUAUUUGCUUUGUCUAUCAUUUGCUGUUACUAUCAAUUUUGUGUCCAUCACAACAUCUAUUUGAAAAAGCCAUCUGUAUGUCGUUGGGUCAUCCCUGUACCUUAUUCCUACCUCCAGGAAACAUAUUGGAAUGUAGGGUUUUUAAGAAUGGGUUCUUAUGAAUGGAACCAAAGACAUAAUUUUAUCUUGGCAUCACCAAUAAACCAAUGGAUUAGUCGUUAUUUUAUAUCAUAUAUAUUAAUUGGUUUUAUAAUGCAUUGUAAUUUUCUACCAUGGACUUAA